AUGGGCCGCCAAAAAGAAAUUGCCAAAGACCUCUUAGCCAACAUCCCUACCGACGUUGACGUUGACACUAAGGACACCCUGCCAAUCUCCAAAUUGGGUGAGAGCGAUAAGUCCCAUUCUGCCGCUGAGAAGAAACCUGCCGAGGACCAACCAUCCGAAUCUACCCGAUUAAAGAGGCCGAGGUCAUCUGCUACAACCACCUCGAGGUCUUUAAAGCACAAUGCCCCCUGGGCCCCCCAAAUCACACUGGAGGAUAAGCCAGUUAGGGCUAGCAAUAGUGCCGAUGACAUCAACGUCGGCGUUGCCCUUAGUACCGCUCUGCUUCUUCUUGGCGAUCUCGACCGGAACGCCGAGCUGAGCGAAUAUGAAAACUAUGCUUUGAUGCUUCAACGCUCUAUUCAAGCCAUCCAGCAUGCUCAUUCUUUCUCAGUGCAAGCCUUUGAGAAUUGGAAGGAGCUGGCCAACAAGAAAAGGGAGGCUGCUAGUCUGCAAAAGACUAAUAAAAGCUUGCAAUCCAAGAUGAAGACCUUGGAGGAUCAAGCCGACGCUGCUAUCAAGGCCCAAAAUGUCGUCGAAGAGAAAGCAGAAUCCGCUGAAGCCAUUAAGAAGCUUAAAGUACCCAAGGACUCGCCCCUCAGGAACGCCGACGUCAUUCCUUUUCCAUUCCCUCCAACUCCAAGUCAAUCCGACGACGAAUCUGAGUCUGAGGAGGAGACCUUGGCCAUCCAGCAUGCUCAUUCUUUCUCAGUGCAAGCCUUUGAGAAUUGGAAGGAGCUGGACAAGAAAAGGGAGGCUGCUAGUAGUCUGCAAAAGACUAAUAAAAGCUUGCAAUCCAAGAUGAAGACCUUGGAGGAUCAAGCCGACGCUGCUAUCAAGGCCCAAAAUGUCGUCGAAGAGAAAGCAGAAUCCGCUGAAGCCAUUAAGAAGGUUCUUGAGGCUAAAAAGUGA